AUUUAUGCAAACAGAUGUACAUUUAAUUUGUUUUGCACGCACAUAAAUACUUUACAAAAACUAAAUGACUUUGCGUACUAACCAAUGAGGACUGCGAGGCCACGCAAUUAUCACAAUGUUAUCAUUUAACAGAAGAGAGAAUCUAAUCCAAUUAGUAAAUGAAUCGGAAAAAACUGACUCAUCUUAAGGAAGAAAAGUUUACGGCCUAAUUCCCAAUACCACAAGAGAAAAACAUGGAUUUUCUAGCAACGUCUAGCUUACUAUUAGUAAUAUGUGUGGCACUAAUGUGCCAUCAAGCCUAUGCCAUGAAAGUUUCAUUUUUUGGCGAUGGCCAUAUAUCGAUGCCACUGCAGGAGGCUAAAAUGUCCACGAAUAUUCGCGUUAAAUUUCGUACGCAGCAAGAGAAUGCAUUUAUAUUUAUGGCUGCCGGACGUCAUGAUUAUUGUCUGAUGCGUUUAGAAAUGGGCGCCAUUAGCUUCACCUACCAAAUAGAUCAAAAUAAAGUGCAGCUGCGCUCGCCUAAAAAUCAAAAAUUGAAUGACUUGGAUUGGCAUGACGUAGCCGUACAACGUUAUGAGAACAACAUCACUUUGCAAGUAGACGGUACAAUUAUAAGGAAAACGUUGCCUGCAGAAAUGGCAGCAUUAAAUGUACACUUUGGCACAUAUCUGGGCGGUCCUGGUGAACUAUCUGAGGAUUCUUUCAAUGAUUUGCCAAAUUUUCGUGGCUGUAUAUCCGAUGUGUUUUACAACAACAUCAAUAUCAUAAAGAGAGCUCGCGAGGGUACGGGCCAUACGGUCGGUAAAGGCGUCUCUUGGACUUGCAGUUCCGAGUUUGACGGCACAACCAAAGAUAGCAUAAGUUUUCUCAAUAGCGAUUCAUUUGCUUUAAUGGCCAAAGGGUCUCAAAAUACUGGCGAAAUAAUAACGUUUUAUUUUCGUACCAUGGAGGAAUCGGGUGUUUUAUUUUACAAUGGAGGCUUCGACUUUGCUCUUCUGGAAAUUGAAAACAAAUUACUAAAAUUUCAAUUCAACAAAGGCGGGAGCAUUAUUAAGCUGACAUCCAAUGAGAGCGUAAGCGAUGGCAAAUGGCAUCUUGUUGUUAUGCGUUAUAAUGCCCACGUAGCAGAACUGAUAGUUGAUGAUGUUAUUUAUCAGAGUACACAUGUUAAUGACACCAGAGGUUACAUCAACAUGGAUAACUUGGUCUUCUUCGGCGGUGUUCAAGAAGACUUUAGACGACGUUUGUGGCACAAAGGCCUCCGAAUAAAUGAUCAAAGUUUCAUGGGCUGUCUCAGAGAUAUACAAUAUAAUAAUGAAUACCUAGGUUUUCCACAAAUGAACAGAUCGCACCAUCUAGCACUAAACUGCAUUUGGAAAUACCCGUGUUUGGAAUAUGAACCUUGUUUGAAGAGCGGUUUCUGUAAUCAAUACGGUGUCGAUGAAUUUAUUUGUUACUGCGAUCAAUCUUAUUGCAUUAAGGCAGAUUAUCCGGGGCCUUAUAAAAUAUUCACCGAAACCAGUCCCACCACAGAACUUUUGUACGUUUCUCCUAUGCAAUUAUUGGAGGGUGGUACAGUUUUUUUAUCUCCUCAUAUUUUGGACGUUCUAUUGGAUACACGCAAGAUAACUGGUGUUUCCGAAACAUCUAUAGCAUUUCAUAUAGUUCAGCAACCGCGAUAUGGCCAGUUGUUGCAGUUCUCGCCCGAGAAGAAUAAUUUCGUUAUAUGUCGAUCUUUCAAUUUAGUUGAUUUAUCGACGGACAAAGUGAAAUAUGUACACAACGGCAUGGAAAAUUUCAACGAUCACGCUACACUUGAUCUGCAAAUAUAUGGCGAUAUCCACAAAGUACCCGAAAAUAUUUUAGGCAAACACCGUUUCAUGUUGCACGCUAACAUAACGCCCAUCAACGAUCCACCGCAAUUGCAAGUACCAAGUAAUAAAAUAUUACGAGCAGUGGAGGGAAUUGAAAAAAUUCUAGACAUUGAUCUAUUCAAUAUACAAGAUCCCGAUAGUCCCGCAAACGUUUUAGUUUAUACGAUUUUGCCAUCCACAAAUCAGCAAGAAACAUACGGACGCUUUAUAGUAAAUGGUCAACCAACUACAACGUUUUCUCAGGCUGAUGUCAAUGUGGGCAAAGUGACUUUUCUCUACAACGCCACCACAACAGAAUCUUUCAGUUAUCAACUAUUGCUACAAGUCUCCGAUGGCAUCGAAACUAGUGAUACUGUUUUUCUGCCUGUAUCGGUGCAUCCUUUGGAAUUACGUUUGGUUAAUAACACGGGCUUGAUAAUGAUACAUAAAUCUUCGCUAUUAGUAACACCGUCUAAUCUCUCCAUUGGUUCGAAUACGGCUGAUGACAGCAUAGAUAUACGUUAUGAAAUUGUUAGACCUCCGCAAUACGGUUCAAUACAACGUUUAAGACAAGUCGACUCGACUUGGAUUAACGUGGACUGGUUUAGUGAUAGUCAAUUGUUAUUGGGGCACAUACGUUAUGUGCACAGUCAGGAUUUUCCUUGGCAAGAUGAUUUUAAGUUUAUUGCCUCUUAUGGCUUCAUUACGACGCAAACUUUUGACUUUCGCAUUACAUUUACGAGAUUACGGAUAAAUGCUCGAAAACCAUCGAUGAUUGCGGUUAAUGGCUCCAGAGAAUUUAUUUUAACAAAUGAAGUUUUACUAUACGAAACAAUUCCUAUAGUUACGUUUCCCCGUAAUGUCAUCUUCAAAAUUAUUAGCCCUACAAAAUAUGGUAACAUUUAUGUAGAGGGUUCAAGGAAGUAUGCCAAGGAAUUGGAUUCUUUUACGCAGUUUGAUAUCGAUAAAAAUCGUAUACAUUACAAAACACAUCGCAGUUGUUAUUCAAGUUUCGUUGAUUACCUAGAGUUCGUCGUAUCUGUAGCCGAAUGUGAUGAUGUCUUUGGUAAAUUGAAAAUAAUGUUUACACCUCUGGAAGUGCUUGCCAAUAAACUAUCAUAUCAAACUCGAGAAAUUUUACAAGUUCAGGAAGGCGAAAAAACUUUAAUUACUAAAAAUCAUUUCGAGAUACGUUUCAAUAUAUAUGAAAGUCUUCAGUUUUUGGUUACACAUAAACCAGAGCACGGUAUAUUGUGUCGUCACGAUGAGCAUGAGCUGAAAGUGUUAACAUUGACUGAGUUUUCUUUAGAAGAGUUAUUUCUCAAUGAAAUUUAUUAUUGUCACGAUGAUACCGAGUCCACUGAGGACACGUUUGAUUUGAUGAUUUUGUCAAGUAAUGAAACUGAUUUGCAAUUUGUGGCCAACAUGGAAGUGCGUAUUAAACUGAUUAAUGAUAAUGCUCCUUAUCGUACCUUGGAAAGAAUUUUCCAUGUUAUGCGUGGCGGUAUAAGGACUCUUAGCAAUGAGGUCUUGCAAUAUUUAGAUACGGAUAUGAAUACGAACAAUUCCGAUAUACAUUAUAUCCAUAUAUCGUGCACGAAUGGAGGCUUUUAUAAGUCGGGACAUUAUGUGGACAGUUUUACGCAAGAAGAUGUAUCAAAUCGUCGCAUUAUGUUUCAGCAUAACGGAGCCGACGUGGGAACAUCGUCGUUUAUUGUUACCGAUAGACAGCAUGAGGUAAACGGUAUAUUAGAAAUUCACGCUUCCGAUUCAUUUGUGACGAUGUUGCCUACGAAUGCAACUAUAGUGCAAGAGGGUAAAUUUGUAAUAUUACGCAAUAAAGAUUUCAUAUUGGAAACAAAUUUAGACAUGAAAUUAGAUGAAAUCUACUACGAGGUGAUCAAAUCGCCUGCAUAUGGGAUUCUAAUGUAUUUGGGCAGACCCAGAUCGUCAGAUAAUAUAACAAAUCCCUUACAAUAUAAAAGUUCAAAUUUAACCUCACUAAACAAUUUCACUCAUUUGGAUAUCGAAAGGGAUCGUUUAGUGUAUUGGAAUACUGAAAUAGCAUCAAUGGAUAAAGUGAGAUAUCGAGUGCAUAUUAAAAAUAUAACCGCUGAGGGGGAGGUUAUGUUUCGCAUAUACCCUUCAGCGUAUUGGGAACCUUUGCAAGUUAAGAAGAAUCAGACAUUGUAUGUGGAAGAAUCCACAAGUGUCUUGAUAUCGAGAGAUGUGUUGGAAGUAGUGCAUCCCAACAUCUCACCAGGUGAUAUAACUUUUCUUGUGACAUCUUCUCCACUGCACGGCUAUUUGGAAAUGCAAUCAAUGUCUUUCGACGAUGAAUACAAUUGCAAAGUAUUCGAUCAGUCUGCUAUAAACACCGAAAAAAUGUUUUACAUACAAGCCGGUGUGAAUCAAUCUACAGACUAUUUCGUAUUCGAUGUCACCAAUGGCAUUACUUGGCUGAAGCAUCUCAUGUUGCGUAUAGUUAUCAUACCUGAGAAAUUAUAUAUUCACACCAAUGUUAUAUCUGUGGUCGAGGGUAAGACUGUUCAACUAAACUCUGCUGAUAUUCAGCCAUUUUCCGAAUAUUACCGAGGCAAAAUAUUGGAAUACAUAAUUACUAUAAAUCCUCAAGCUGGCUACAUAAUGGCGGCGAAUUCUAAAGUGAAGAGAUUCACUCAAAAGCAAAUAGAUCAAGGUUCCAUCCAAUACAUACACAAUGGGAGUGAAAAUUCUACUGAUUCAAUGACUUUAAUCGCUACUGCUCGUAAUAAGGAAAGCGUUCCGUUUGAACUGGAAUUCGCUAUCAUCCCGGUCAAUGAUGAACAACCAAUCGUUGUCACUAAUACGGGCUUACAAGUGUGGAAUGGGGGCCGCUAUAUAAUACGCUAUACCGAUUUAAUGGCUCGUGAUUAUGAUACUGUUCCGGAAAACUUAACCUUUUUGGUUAAUCAUAUUUAUGGCGGCUAUUUAGCUAAGCGUUUACGACCUCAGCAAAAAAUUCAUAAUUUUACUCAAGCCGACAUUAAUAACGAGGAGGUCUAUUUCAUUCAUGAUUCUAAUUCGAGACGUAAUGAAAUCUCCUUCCUAGUAACGGACGGUAUGUUUAAUACUACAAAUCAAUUGCUGAGCAUUACCAUCAAACCCAUCGACAUCAUGUUAGAACGCAAUGAGAAUUUACAUGUUUUCCCUUUAACCAAAAAACAAAUAUUACGCGACCAUCUACUAUAUAAGUGCUCGGACGAAGAAAGGGAAAUACGUUACAAUGUCACAGUACCUCCCAGUCUGGGGCGCAUCAUUAACGAGUAUAUGGAAACUGGCGGUGGUUCUGCUCGUGAAGUUUCAGAGUUUACUCAGGAAGACAUCGAUAGUGGUCGCAUUUUCUAUGAGCAUACCGCCGUAAUUAUUGAAUUCCGCAUCAACGAUUCAUUUCAUUUUGAUGUGAUAGCUGCUCGUAGUGAUCGGCUUUUAGAUCAAAAAUUUAACAUCGAAAUAUCUGUAUCUUCGGGUGGUCUGUUAAGGUUUUUACCGGUCUCGAAAUUGCAAGUAGACGAAGGUGCUUCAGUACCAAUAAAGUUGGAUUUUAGUAAAAUGUUAGAAUAUUUGAAAACACGAGCUGGCAUAAAUAAUCCUGAACUAUAUAUCGAGUCGCUGCAGAAGCCUAGUCAUGGCUCAAUAGGAUUGGGUCAUGAAUUUAAGACGCUUCAAAAAUUCCAUCCGAGCGAUUUUUUAACUAAGAAAGUGUACUAUAUACACGAUCAUACCGACACUUUGGAGGACACCAUUCUCAUGUCCGUGUAUUUAGAGCAGGGCAAUAUUUUUCUUUGCAAUCUCACCAUACCUGUCUCGAUUAAUCCAGUAAAUGAUCAGCCUUUGCAGGUAGUAACACAAAUGCCACAAAUGACGGUAGUAGAAGGAGAAAAUCGAACCAUUACGCGGAACUUACUAUUAACUGAAGAUAUAGAUACUUCACCCGAGGAAAUUAUUUAUGACGUCAUAAGGGGACCCAGCCUGGGAAUUUUAAAAAAACUAUUAAAAGAUGGUAAAGCCGAAGACUUGCUGGCCUAUUCAAACCAGUUUUCUCAAGCUGACAUCAACAAUGAUCGCCUCGUUUAUGUGCAUUUUGGGACUCCCCAGCCUACGAAUUUUUAUUUUACUGUAACAGAUGGCAAAUUUAAUACGCCCUAUCAAGCCUUCGCCAUCACUGUUGUUCCUAUAAGUCUAUUGUCGGCCGAUAAACAAAUAGCUGUAAGUGUUCAGCAGGGAUCCACUACAGCUGUUAUGAGGCCCGAUCAUAUUGGUUUAAGGACUAACGUUCAGACUGAAAGGUUGUCGUACAAUAUAACUAAUUCCCCCUUGCAUGGCAUAAUUGUCUUGAAACAUCAACCAACUUUAAAGUUCAAUCAGCAGUUAUUAGAAACGGGACAAAUCAAUUAUAUGCAGACGGAUUUGAACCGUUCGAAUGACACCUUUCAAGUAAGCGCAUAUGUUCCUUGCACCAACUACGCGGCAACAGUUGAUGUGCUUGUACAAGUUGAGCCAGUUAUUAAAAUACAGGAUAUUUCUAUGAUGGGUGUACCGAAGGGGGAGAAAAUUCGUUUAAUGUCUCUUCUGGUUCCCGAUAAUCCGUUAUCUCUGAAACUAAAUAAAUUCAAUCCUAAAUUUUUAAUAACUAGGACACCCAGCACAGGACAAAUUAGAAAAAUUAUACGCAGCACAGGUUUAACGGUUGACAAUCAGCAAGAACGAACAACAACAACAUUUUCUUAUAAAGAACUACGUAGUGGUGUAGUGUACUUUAUACCUAAUAAAUCGACGCAAAAUAUUGAACAAGACAUCGAUCAGUUUGAUUAUCAGUUGCAUAUAAAAACUGUUCAGCCUGCUCAGGCCACAGUGAACAUAAUAUAUCGCAGGUCGAAUGAUCAUUUAGAAUCGGUAACAGUCGCUUCGGCCGAUUUUAGUUUGAAUUACAUAGCUAUCGUGUGCGCGGUGAUCGUGGUGCUGAUGUUAAUAUUAAUCGUUAUGCUGAUAUUGAAAUUCCGUUAUUUGAAACGCCACAAAGCAAACAUAUCGAAAGAUCAACCUCCAGCGCUUCCUUGUCCACCCGACUUAACAUCGAUUAGUCCCCAGCAUCAUUUGAACCAUCAUUACGCGAACUCUGAAGCCGAUUCGGUACCAGUUACCGGCAACUCUACACCCUUAUCCGGUUUCAGCAAUAUACCGCAUUGCAAGAUUAUACCCGUAGAAUCGUAUAAACAUGAAUAUCCCGACUAUGAUCCCGAUGACGAUGAAAAUGAUGACCAUUGUGAUCCGCAACAAAUGAUGUUGCCUCGACGUUAUAAUCCUUAUCAACUGGAGAAUGACAAUUGGAGCUCAUCCUGUGAGACGAAUACCGACUUCGCCGGUUAUGUUAGUGUACCGCAAAGUAGUAGUACUCAACCGACCACAUCACCAUCAGCACCCAUCAGCAAUCCUUUGCUAAGACGUAAUCAGUAUUGGGUUUAAA